AUGGGAUUCUAUCAUCUUCUGGUCAUGGCGGCGUGUGCUAUGCUUGUGGUUGAGAGUGCGCCGACGAAGAGGCAGGCAGCUGGUGUGCCGGACUAUGUGCUCAAGUAUGCACCUGUCGUAUACCUCCACUCCGAAGACCCAUACAUGCCCACCGACCUGCAAGUCUUCCUCAACAACACCACGCCCCGCGUAGCCUUCGCCGAAGUCCCCGGCCCAUCCAAGCCCCUGACAUUGGAGAAUGUAAACCAGCUCGGCGACACCGUCUACCUAACCUCCAACGACGACGUGACCAAAGACCCUACCUGGAUCAAGGGCACAAGACCCGACGCGAACGGCAAAACCAACGGCGCCGUCACUGCCGCCGUGAUCGUCACAGGAACAAGGGGAAUGGCAACGUCGAUGCGUUUUACAUGA